UCCGGAUGGGCACACUAAACACUCGUUACAAUAAAUCGUCUCGUAACCUGAAGUUGAAGGAGUCCCCCGGUCUGAAAGUGACGACCACAACAUCAAUUUGAAGAAGGGGGAGCACGUGGUUAAGUAAGUCUUAUAAAUAUCCCUCUACAACCGGCCGCAUGCUGUUGUGCCACUGGCAACAUCAGCUCUGUGGACCGAUUUCCAGCAAGAAGGGAUGGAGGAACGCGUCAACGGUUUACCAUUGUAUUAAAAGGAAUUAUUAUCUUUAUACUUCAACGUACUUGCCAUACUUUUGAUUUAAAUAAUCCCGCACUUUCUCCAUUUAUAUUGACCCAACACAUGCGUUAUAACAACUUUAAUAGGUUAUAUCUCCUCGAGACGACACCUUGCGAGUACCAGGACGGGUGGAUUUUUGCACUGUUGAAUGUUCUUCUGUCAAGAACCGCGAUGCAACUGCUCAGCGAAGCCCAUCUUGAUCUUGAGAUAGAGAAAUCAAAGACGGACUUGUGCUGAGCGCGUUACUGGCCACCGUUGGAAAGCUCGCAGCGCUCUGAUGCGGUGGAGGUGUGCGCUAACCCACAGGCUACACGUCUGUUCUGUACAGCUGGAGAUAGCGAGCUAGCUGGUUGUAGUUUGUUUUACUUCAAGGUUUUUGUAUUGAACUUUGGUUGCCAUUUAAUGGCCACAAUUCGGUCUUUUUGUUUGGACAAUUGUAACUUUACACGCGUUUAGUAUGUGUUUAUUGUGAAGUGAUUGGUAAUAUACAUAGUCUACUGCUGCUGUCUGCUCCCCGCUGCCCGUAUAACGGAUUUUACAGAUUAUUUCCCUUCCAUGGUUGUUAAAUGGAUGUCCAGGUACAAUUUGAAAUACUGUGCUGAAACUGGGAUCACAAAACGACCACGUUUCCCAAUAUUUAGGCUACAAGUAGUUAAGUGUGUAGGCCUAUAUUUAGUUGUAAAAGAAAUCCAAUAUUUUGGCUUUUUUUUCAUGUUUAUAUUGCCUUUUACUGUUAUAUCUAAAUUCCCUUUCCAAGGCCGCUUUAUAAUUUUUUUGUCAAUAUUUCAAGACGCUGCUGUAGUCUACUUUUAGAGUUCACAAUGAACUACUGCGUUUUAAGUCUUCUCCUGACCUUGGAUUUAGCCACUGUGGCCGUCAGUUUGUCUACAUGCAGUACGCUGGACAUGGAUCAGUUUAUGAAAAAGCGCAUAGAAGCCAUCCGGGGACAGAUACUGAGCAAGCUGAAGCUCACGAGCCCCCCGGAGACAUACCCCAAGCCAGAGGAGGUGUCGCGGGAUAUCAUCGCCAUCUAUAACAGCACGAGGGACCUGUUGCAGGAGAAAGCCAACGAACGGGCAGCAACGUGUGAGCGCCAACGAAGCGAGGAGGAGUACUAUGCAAAAGAGGUUCACAAAAUCGACAUGCAACCCCCCUACCCCUCUGAGAAUGUCAUCUCUCCCAUGCACUACAACCCGUACUACAGACGGCUCACCUUCGACGUGACCUCCAUGGAGAAGAAUGCCUCUAACCUGGUCAAGGCUGAGCUACGCGUCUUCCGUCUCCAGAACACCAAGGCCCGUGUGUCUGAACAGAGGAUUGAGCUGUACCAGAUUUUAAGUCACAAGGACCUGGCUUCCCCGACGCAGCGCUACAUCGACAGCAAGGUGGUACGCACGCGCAUGGAGGGGGAGUGGCUGUCUUUUGACGUGACAGAGGCAGUCAGUGAAUGGUUGCUUCACAGAGACAGAAACAGUGGAUUCAAGAUCAGCUUGCACUGUCCGUGCUGCACGUUUGUGCCCUCAAACAACUACAUCAUCCCCAAUAAGAGUGAGGAGCUGGAAACCCACUUUGCAGGUAUAGAUGACAGCUUCCACCACAGCGGAGACCUGAAGGUGUAUAGGAAGCGGCGCCACAGCGCCCAGGCUCCACACCUGCUCAUGAUGCUGCUGCCCUCCUACCGCCUGGAGUCCCAGCACAAGAGCCACCGCUCCAAACGAGCCCUGGACGCUGCCUUCUGCUCCAGAAACGUCCAGGAUAACUGCUGCUUGCGGUCGCUCUACAUCGACUUCAAGAAGGAUCUGGGCUGGAGGUGGAUCCACGAGCCCAAGGGUUACAACGCUAACUUCUGCGCCGGUGCCUGUCCCUAUCUAUGGAGCGCUGACACCCAGCAUUCCAAGGUGCUAGGUCUGUACAACACCAUCAACCCGGAGGCGUCAGCUUCGCCCUGCUGUGUGUCUCAGGAUCUUGAACCUCUCACCAUCCUCUACUACAUCGGCAAGACCCCCAAGAUAGAGCAGCUCUCCAACAUGAUCGUCAAGUCCUGCAAGUGCAGCUAGGAACUGUUACAAGGCAACACACAUGUGCAUACACACACAUUCAGUCAUACAUAUUCAUACACGCGUGCAUAUUCAGUCACACAAACACACACACAAACACACACACACACACACACACACACACACACACACACACACACACACACACACACACACACACACACACACACACACACACACGUACACACACAUGUACACACACACACAAAUACACAUACUGUACAUAUACACAUUCAUCAACAAACACAUACUAUACAUUCACACAGUCAGUCACACGAUCACUGCACUAUUGUAAAGACAUAUUUGAUCUCCUACAAGCACAAGUGGAAAAGGUGCUGAGCAGAUCUAGGUACAGAAAACAUGUCUCCCGAAACAACCAUGCACACACACACACACACACACACACACACACACACACACACACACACACACACACACACACACACACACACACACACACACACACACGCAUGUGCACACACACACACACACACACACAGCUGUGGCUUUUGUACAGGCGUGCCUGUGUUUUUGUGUUUAGAAAGGCCCUGUUAACAUGCCUCACAUCACACACUUGUCACACAAAGACGCAAGAGUACGGCAAACACUGGAAAAAAAGUAUACGUGUCUAUAUGUGAAAUAAUACGUCUGAGAAACAAAGACGACCGCCCCCCGGUUUCAUCAUUCAAAGCAAGCCAUCUCCUUGAUUUUGUUUGUCUCGUUUUGCAUCCUUUUGAAACUAUUGUAAUUUUAUAUUUUGUUUUGAUUUUUUGAUAAUUGUAUUGCCUAUUUAAAAUCCAGUGUUUUAUGGUUAGCACCCAACGCGUUUUCAACUCUCUCGAGAAGUGGUGGAUGAAUCCACUCCCCAAUGUCAGUUUACUAAUAUGUUAUAACAUAGUCGUGUUAUAAUCGCAUCCCAUAUGCUGUUUAUAUGUGCUGUAACAGCCACGUAAGACAGAAAGAGGCUCGGAGACUGUAAGGGGGAGACUGCGAGAGAGAGACAGAAUGAAAGAAAAUAAGCACACCUAGUAUGCCUACCUUUUCAACAGAGACUCAUCCUCACACAGGCAUAUUCAUCAAAAAAGCACACACCCAUCCCGAACCCUGCAGCAGGCAACAUAUUCAGACUGCUGGAAUGAACAGUUCUGACAUUUUGAUUUUUAAAAAAUGUAAAAGUCUCCCAAAGUACUGUUGAGCUCUGUUUACCUUGUGCAUUGAAUCUUGAAUGCUUUAGGGAGCCCAACAGUGAUUCCAUCAACCACACAAGGUAUGUCACCAUAAACACACAUUUAAGAUUUCUGUGGAUAUGUUGGUUUGUUCUUAUUGGAACAGGGUUGUCCUUGUCUAUAUGACGCAGUGGUAUAGGAAUGGGGAGGUAUAUUAGUUAGGGAGGUAUAGUAGUGUUGUAGUGAUAAUUCGAGAGAAGGGGUACAAUAGGUGAGAAUGGACAGUAGAUGUGACCUGGUUCAGAGAUUCUCCAUGAACCUUUGAGACCAUUCCAUUAGGUCUGAGAUUACUUUAGGUCGGAGGUCAAAAGGUCAUAUUUGCAUUUGUGCAGUAGUUGUUAUGGACACCAGCGUUAUAUCUGCUCAUUUGCAUCUGAAAAGCUUCGUCUCGCCCGCCUCCCUCAAAGUGUAAAGCCAUUAUUCAGUCAUAGGUUUUUGUCCUUUGUAGGAAUAAAAAUUGUUGGAUACAAAGAAUUGCACUGACGCUAUUUUGAUUCUGUUUUUUAUUUUUUAUUAGUCGUUACUUCCCCCUUAUUAAAUGAGGAGUUUUGAUGAUGUGACUUAGAGCAGGAAGUGUAGGUGACACCACCCCGCCCCUAACCCCACCCCCCUUUGGGCACCCGCGCCAGUGGACUUCCUGGAAAACCAGGAAGAGGAGCGAGGCACCAAUCUUGUCAUGAUAGAGCUAUUAUUUUUCGUUGUUGUUGUUUAUGAUAAUUAUGUUUUUGUUGUUGUUGACCCACUAUGAUGUAUUGUAACACAUUAUUGUUGUUGUACUCUAGUGGUAAAUAAAUUAUUUAA